AUGAAUUUCAUCAAGCCUGUAUCACCCCCAAAGGUGUCGCUGGAGGUGUCGGAGAAGGGGGCGUAUGCAGUCCAAAAUGGCGAGACCGUGGUCGUCGAGAAUGUCGACGCCCUCAAGCGACGGUUGACGAACCGUCAAAUGCAAUUGAUCGCAAUAGGUGGCAGUAUUGGCACUGCUCUCUUCGUCAGCAUCGGAUAUGGACUCAUCGAGGGCGGCCCAGGCAGUCUGCUCCUUGGGUUCACCCUCUACGCCUGCAUUCUGGGUCUCGUCAACAACUGCAUGGCAGAAAUGGCCGUUUUCAUGCCCGUCUCUGGGUCCUUCAUUCGGAUGGGUUCCAAAUGGGUAGACGAGGCUUUCGGAUUUAUGGUCGGCUGGAACUUCUUUCUCUACGAGGCUGUGUUGAUCCCCUGGGAGAUUUCGGCGCUCAACCUCGUUCUGACAUAUUGGUCCGACGACAUCCCCAAGAUCGCUAUUUGCCUUGGGUGCAUUGUCCUCUACGGAUUGAUCAAUCUCUUCGCCGUCAAGUGGUACGGAGAGUCCGAGUUCUGGCUUUCAGGCGGUAAAGUCAUUCUGGUCGGCAUCGUCUUUGCCUUUACCUUUGUCACAAUGGUUGGAGGUAACCCCAAGCACGAUGCCUACGGAUUUCGCUACUGGAAUAAUCCGGGGGCCUUUGCGCCGUACGUCACCACCGGCGCCCUCGGGCGGUUCGAGGGCUUCCUCGGCGCAUAUUUCAUGGCGGCUUUCACCAUUGUCGGGCCCGAGUACGUGGCCAUGGUCAGCGGCGAGGCCAUGUAUCCGAGGAAGUUUCUGAAAGAGGCCUUCAAGACAGUGUACUGGCGAUUUGGCGUUUUCUUUAUCCUUGGAGCCCUCUGCGUGGGCAUUGUCGUGCCUUACAACGACCCGACUCUGAACAGCGUGCUGAAUGACGGCGCCACCGGCACCGCUGGCGCGUCGCCCUAUGUCAUUGCGAUGCAGAACAUGGGCAUCAGUGUGCUCCCGGACCUGACGAACGCCUUGCUUGUAACGAGCAUUUUCUCGGCCGGCAAUACCUACGUAUACUGCGCAUCCAGGACGCUCUACGGCCUUUCUUUGGAUGGCCACGCACCUCGGUUCCUGCAGAGAUGCACCAAAGCCGGCGUGCCCAUCUACUGCUUCUGCAUCACCAUGUUCUUUCCACUCUUAUCCUUGCUCGCCCUCAGUGAAGGAAGCACUCAAGUCAUUACUUGGCUAGCGAACCUCACUGAGGCAUCCCAGAUCAUCAACUUUAUCGUCAUGUGCAUAAUCUACAUCUCCUUCCACCGCGCACUCAAAGCGCAAGGCAUCGACCGCACGACGCUCCCCUACCGCGGCUACUUCCAGCCCUACUGCGCGUGGAUCGCAAUGGUGCUGCUCAUCCUCACGGUCGGCACGUACGGCUACACGACCUUCCUGCCCGGGUGGUGGGACGUGGGGACCUUUUUCUCCUAUUACACCAUGUGCUUUGUGUGUCCUGUUUUGUUUCUGUUCUGGAAGGUAUUGAAGAAGACGAAGUUCGUGGGGCCGCGGGAGGCGGACCUGGUGUGGGAACGGCCUGUGAUUGAUGCUUAUGAGGAGAGUUUCGGGGAGGAGCCGUUGGGGUUCUGGGCGGUGCUGAGGACGCGGUUGCUCAAUGUGAGAAGGAAGGCGUGA